AUGAUGCAUCUCAAGAAGGUGCAAACCAACACCGUUUUAUUCCUUUUCUCAUCAACCAGGCUCAAAACCUUCCACCCUACACCCAUUACAAAAUUCUCCUCCCAACUCCAUAAAGAUUCGAUUUUGAUCCCACCCACCAAGACCCAUCUCUAUGUUUCAUUCUUCUGCACCCUCGUUCGUCUCUACUUGAAAUGUGGCAGGUUCUGUACCGCCUCUGACGCUUUCUUUCGCAUGCGUAACCUUGGUCUUGUUCCGUCUUUGCCAUUCUGGAAUAAGCUUUUCUAUGAAUUCAAUGCCUCUGGUUAUGUUUCUCAGGUAAAGGUUGUUUAUUCCGAUAUGUUGCUUUGUGGGGUUGUGCCUGAUGUUUUUAGUGUCAAUGUUUUGGUUCAUUCGUUGUGUAAAGUUGGUGACUUGGAUUUAGCUUUAGGAUAUCUUAGGAAUGAUGGUAUUGAUAUUGAUAAUGUUACUUAUAAUACUGUUGUUUGGGGAUUCUGUGAGAAAGGGUUGGUUGAUCAGGGUUUUGGUUUGUUGUCUGAGAUGGUUAAAAGGGGUUUAUGUGUUGAUUCGUUCACUUGUAAUAUACUAGUUAAGGGUUAUUGUAGAAUUGGAUUGGUUCAGUAUGCUGAAUGGGUCAUGUACAACUUGGUUGAUGGCGGGGUUUUGAAAGAUGUUAUUGGUUUGAACAGUUUGAUUGAUGGGUAUUGUGAAGGUGGGUUGAUAAGUCAAGCAAUGGAUUUGAUGGAGAACAGUUGGUGGAGUGAUGUUAAGAUUGAUAUUGUUACUUACAAUACUUUGCUCAAAGGUUUUUGUAAAACGGGGGAUCUUGCUAAGGCGGGGUCUCUUUUCAACGAGAUUUUGAGAUUUCGGACAGACGGAGAUCAGUUGAGAAAUAACGAUGUUGUAACUCGAAACGAGAUAGGAAAGUUGCGGCCGACACUUGUCACUUACACAACACUAAUUUCUGCAUACUGUAAGUAUCAUGGAGUUGAAGAAUCACUUUCUCUGUAUGAGCAAAUGAUUAUGAGUGGAAUCAUGCCGGAUGUGGUUACUUGUAGUUCUAUUCUUUAUGGACUAUGCAGGCAUGGUAAAUUAACCGAGGCGGAUGUUUUGUUUAAAGAGAUGUAUGAAAUGGGUUUAGAUCCUAAUCAUGUGUCAUACUCUACGAUUAUUAAUUCAUUGUUCAAAUCAGAGAGGGUUAUGGAAGCUUUUAAUCUUCAAAGCCAAAUGGUUGUUCGGGGCAUUUCUUUUGAUAUAAUUAUGUGCACAACUAUAAUGGAUGGACUUUUCAAAGUUGGGAAAUCGAAAGAAGCCGAGGAAAUGUUUGAUACUAUUCUAAAGCUGAAUCUUGUUCCAAAUUGUGUCACUUAUUCGUCAUUGGUUGACGGGUAUUGCAAGUUAGGAGAAAUGCAACUUGCAGAGUUGGUGUUACAAAAAAUGGAGAAGGAACGCGUUCCUCCAAAUGUUGUUACCUUUUCUUCGAUUAUAAACGGAUAUGCUAAACAAGGAAUGCUUAGUAAAGCAGUUGAUGUAUUCAGGGAGAUGGUCCAAAGGAAUAUUAUGCCAAAUACUAUCGUUUAUGCAAUUUUAAUCAAUGCCUAUUUUAGGGCAGGUGAGCAAGACGUUGCUGCUGGUUUCUAUAAGGAAAUGGAAUCGCAUGGAUUGGAGAAAAGCAAUGUCAUAUUUGAUAUCUUAUUGAACAACUUGAAAAGAGGUGGGAGAAUGAACGAAGCUCAGUCGUUAAUUAAAGAUAUGCACUCUAGGGGUAUUGACCUGGAUAUCGUUAACUAUGCUUCCCUAAUAGAUGGCUACUUUAAAGAAGGAAAUGAGUCAGCCGCACUUUCCAUUGUCCAGGAAAUGACAGAGAAAAACACUCGGUUUGAUGUUGUUGCUUACAAUGCUUUGAUUAAGGGGCUUUUGAGGCUGGGGAAAUAUGAACCUCAAUAUGUUUGUUCAAGAAUGAUAGAAUUGGGCUUGGCUCCAGAUUGCGUUACAUAUAACACUAUAAUUAAUACAUACUGCAUAAAAGGUAACAUAGGAGAGGCUUUGGAUCUCUUGAAUGAGAUGAAGAGCUAUGGGAUAAUGCCAAAUGAAGUCACUUAUAACAUUCUGAUUGGUGGGCUUUGUAAAACCGCUGAAAUUGAAAAGGCAAUAGAUGUUUUAAAUGAAAUGUUGGUUAUGGGGUAUGUACCUACCUCAAUUACUCACAGGUUUCUUCUUAAAGCGUCUUCAAGGAGUAAAAAAGCAGAUGUGAUUUUGCAAAUUCACAAGAAGCUUGUCGCCAUGGGCCUCGAACUCAACCAAACUGUGUAUAACACACUAAUCAUUGUGUUAUGCAGGUUAGGUAUGACUAAAAAGGCAAAAGCGGUCAUUGAUGAAAUGGUAAAAAAUGGAAUUUCAGCUGAUUAUGUUACUUACAAUGCCCUUAUUCAUGGUUAUUGCACAAGCAGUCAUGUGGAGAAGGCAUUUGAUACUUAUUCACAGAUGUUGGUUGAUGGAAUCUCUCCGAAUAUUACUACUUACAAUACCCUUUUAGGAGGUCUUUCAAAUGCUGGUUUGAUGAGAGAGACAUAUAAAUUAGUUAGUGAGAUGAAGGAAAGAGGAUUUAUCCCAAACGCCACCACUUAUGAUGCAUUAGUUUCUGGCCAUGGUAGAGUUGGAAAUAAGCAAGAUUCCAUAAAACUUUAUUGUGAAAUGAUAACCAAAGGUUUUGUUCCCACUACAGGAACCUAUAAUGUGCUUAUUAGUGAUUAUGCUAAAGCGGGAAAGAUGCGCCAAGCUAGAGAACUUUUGAAUGAGAUGCUGACUAGAGGAAGAAUUCCUAAUUCUUCAACAUAUGACAUUCUAAUCUGUGGCUGGUGUAAAUUAUCGUAUCAGCCAGAGAUUGACCGGGCACUUAAACUGUCAUACCGAAAUGAGGCGAAAAAUUUGCUGAGAGAAAUGUGUGAAAAAGGACAUGUGCCAUCUGACAGCACGCUCUUGUUUAUCAGUUCCAAUUUUUGUAUACCAGGAAAAGAGGCCGAUGCUAGAAGGUUGUUGAAGGUAUUUUCCCAAAAGAAAAAUGUGUGA